CAUGAUAAUCCACCGCCGAGUGAACCCUCUCUGAGCGAAGAGGAAAGGAAAAUAGACGAAUAGAAAAGUUUUGCCGGAAAAGUGCUCUUUAAAAUCAAGAGAAAGGACUCGACAGGGAGACGGACGGACGGCGAUCGUCGGGCUCCUCGCCCCACUUUUUGGAGAUAUGGACGCUUUGAAAUCCGCUGGAAGGGCAAUUAUUCGGAGCCCCAGUAUCGCGAAACAGUCAUGGGGUUCUGGCAAACAUAAAAAGCUUCCAGAAAACUGGACGGACACRAGGGAGACCCUGCUGGAGGGCAUGACGUUUCACCUCAAAUACCUCGGGGUCACCAUGGUUGAGCAGCCCAAGGGUGAGGAGCAGUCUGCGGCAGCUGUCAAGCGGAUAGUGGCCACGGCCAAAGCCAGCGGAAAAAAACUGCAGAAAGUCACGUUAACGGUCUCCCCCCGUGGAAUCAUCCUUUACGACAGUGCCUCAAACCAGCUGAUAGAAAAUGUCUCCAUAUACAGAAUAUCAUAUUGCACUGCGGACAAGAUGCACGACAAAGUAUUUGCCUACAUUGUCCAGAGUCAACACAACGAGACUCUCCAAUGUCACGCCUUCCUCUGCUCAAAGAAGAAAAUGGCGCAGGCGGUAACCCUGACGGUGGCUCAGGCUUUCAGAGUGGCGUUUGAGUUCUGGCAGGCUUCCAAGGAAGAGAAAGAGAAGCGAGCAAAAACAGGGUCAGAUGGGGAAGGCGCCAACAACCCUCAGUCGGACAGCUCGGCCAGUCUGGGCAGCCUGAAGGGAGGAGAUGCAGCCACAGAGACUCUCCUGGACUUUGCAGAGGGAGCUCACGCAGCACAGGCCCACUCAGGAACAAAGCAGACCGACUCGGAUCCCUUUAUGGUGCAUAAUCACACAGCAGAGAACAACAAUACAGUUUGGGAGCUGGAGGACGGUCUGGACGAGGCUUUCUCAAGACUCGCUGAGUCUCGCACUAACCCCCAGGUCCUGGACAUUGGGGUAAACCCUCAGGACUUCAACAAGGAAGAGUGCCUGUCCCCCCCAGUCCAAUGGGACCAAGACGAGGAAGACUCGACCGCACAAAAAGACACUUUGGGGUUUUAACGCAAAGCCUCUGUCAAGAAGGGAAAACCAGGGAAAGAUGAGGGAGAAACUGUGGGGAAGCAAAGACCGGCGCUGAUGUCAUCAGGACGGUUUCCCACCUCCUCCUCCUCCUCCUCGCUGCCACGUCCUCRCACCGUCGCGGUCCUGUGGACCUCUGGUGAAGGACAACUCGAGCUGACGGCUCACAGAACAGGCCAAAGCAAUACAAACAAGUCUAACCCCUCUUUGUUUUCUAYGAGCAACAUGCAGUUACUUCACGUUUGUUACCGUCAGUGUGUUUUCUAGUUCGUUUUGAAGUUUUUGUUUACCCAUUCUCUGUUGGUCAUGUGUUCGUGUUACAGGAAGUUUGCGGGCGGAUGUGAGAGCGAUGAUGUGAGUGAAGUCCUGUAGGUCAAAAAAGGUGUUGAAAUGGAAAAACCUAGCAGGUCAGAGGGAAACUAAGCAGCUGACGCUCCAGUUCCCUGCUGGGUUAAAUGGUAGAGUUACUACCUUUGUGCUUCGAGACGUCAGCCUUCUGCUGAGCAACAAAAGCUUUAAAAAUGUGUGUGUGUGUUCAGCUAGGUUUUUAACAAGUAAAACAAAGUGACAAUCCUAUUUUUUUAUUGCAAAUGUAUUUCUGCACUAAAUGUUUCCACACAAGCACACAAGUCUUCAUGUGAGGUCAUUUAUUUUCACAUCAACUCAUUAGUGCCUCGGUUCUCUUUCUCUCUUGAUUUUAUUUUAACAAAACUUAUGUAACUCUGAGUCACUGGAUCCAAAGUUUUAAUGUUGCUUUUUUGAUGGACGUGUUCUAAACUCCUGAAGAUAACACAGUUAAGGCAAAACAAUUGUCGCUCAGGCUAAAGAACGGGAUUCAGAUGAGGAGCAGAAAGAAUAUUAAUAUUUUUAACUAAUUCUCUCUUUAAUCGAUCCUUUAAUUCACAGAGUCUCAGUUGUAAAACAGAUGUUUUGAAGGCACUCGACCAUGUUUGAUUUUGUUACGUGGCUGGUUUACUUUUAUUUUCUCCCACUGAGACUUCCCAGUGUUAUUUUUGUUUUGCAUUUAUUCUGACAGAAAUUUAAUUUAAUUUACAGAAUUGUCAAUAAAAGUUUUUUAUUGUUUUUGUCUGCGUAAGGAUUUUUCUAAGUGUUGAGAGUGUACUGCUGGUUUGGUAAGACAAAAUAAAAAAAGAUUACCUUUCAAUAA